UGAAACGAUUAAAUAUUUUAAUCAGGUUAAUCACAGGUUUCUGUGGAUUAAUCAUGAUUAAUCACAUAUUACCGAUAUUCUCGGUAUAUUUUUGUGAGAACAUAAAGAUUCAUGACAAAAGACGGAUAUAUACACUACCGUUCAAAAGUUUGGGAUCACUUAGAAAUGACUUUAUUUUUCAAAGAAAAGCACUGUUUUUUCAAUAAAGAUAACAUGAAUCAUAAAUACCCUCUCUACAUUGUUAAUGUGGUAAAUGACUCUUCUAGGUGAAACGUCUGGUUUCUAAUGAAAUAUCUCCAGAGGUGUAUAGAGGCCCAUUUCAUCAUCACUCCAGUGUUCUGAUGGUACAUUGUGUUAUCGCCUUAGAAGACUAAUGUCUGAUUAGAAAACCCGUGCAAUUAUGUUAGCACAGCUGAAAACAGUUAUGCUGGUGAUAUAAGCGAUACAACUGGCCUUCCUUUGAGCUUGAAGUUUGUAGAACUAAAUUAAUACUUCAAAUAUUAAUCAUUAUUUCUAACCUUGUCAAUGUCUUGACUAUAUUUUAUAUUCAUUUGAUAAAUAAAAGUGUGAUUUUUCAUGGAAGACACAAAAUUGUCUGGGUGAUCCCAAACUUUUGAACGGUAGUGUACAUUUAUACACAGGGGUGCACAGAACUUGCUCACCAGUGUGCGCGCCGGCAUCCCGAUGUGCGCGCACACGCCGGCAUGGAGCUCUGCGGUGCGCGAGACGAAGAUGGAAGUGUUAACGCGACACUAGAGACAGAAUGACACGCUGCUGGAGAGACGACCAGCAGACGGACUGAAGCUCAUUCUGCGCAUGCGUUAAAUGCGGACCAGGUCCCUCAGGGCCUCUCCCUGACAUACAGGACCCCUACAGCACCCCUACAGAACCCCUACAGGACCCCUACAGGACCCCUACAGGAUCCCUACAGAACCCCUACAGCACCCCUACAGCACCCCUACAGGAUCCCUACAGAACCCCUACAGGACCCCUACAGGACCCCUACAGCACCCCUACAGGACCCCUACAGCACCCCUACAGCACCCCUACAGGACCCCUACAGGACCCCUACAGGACCCCUACAGCACCCCUACAGGACCCCUACAGCACCCCUACAGGACCCCUACAGGACCCCUACAGCACCCCUACAGGGCCCCUACAGCACCCCUACAGGACCCCUACAGCACCCCUACAGCACCCCUACAGGACCCCUACAGCACCCCUACAGGACCCCUACAGGACCCCUACAGGACUCCUGCUCCCCCUGCUGGACUCCUGCCGCCCCUGCAGGUCAUGGCUGAGCCCGGCGACUCCGAUCUGAUCGCCAAACACUACAACUACACGGGGAAGUUCCGCAAGACGCAGCAGGACUCUGGCCUGAAGGCGGACUCGGUGGUCUUCAUCAUCGUGUGCUGCUUCAUCAUCCUGGAGAACAUCCUGGUCCUCGCGACCAUCUGGAGGACCAAGAAGUUCCACAAGCCCAUGUUCUACUUCAUCGGGAACCUGGCGCUGUCGGACCUGCUGGCCGGCGUGGUGUACACCGCCAACAUCCUGCUGUCGGGCGCCAACACCUACCGGCUGACGCCCACGCAGUGGUUCCUCCGGGAGGGCAGCAUGUUCGUGGCGCUGGCGGCGUCCGUGUUCAGCCUGCUGGCCAUCGCCAUCGAGCGCCACCUCACCAUGCUGCAGAUGAAGCUGCGUAACCACGGCAACACGUGGCGCGUGUUCCUGCUCAUCAGCGCCGUGUGGAUGGUGGCGGCGGCGCUGGGCGGGCUGCCGCUGAUGGGCUGGAACUGCAUCCUGAGCGUGAGGCGCUGCUCCACCGUGCUGCCGCUCUACCACAAGACCUACAUCCUGUUCUGCACCUCGGUGUUCAGCGCCAUGCUGCUGGCCAUCGUGGGGCUCUACGCCCGCAUCUACGCCCUGGUGCGCGGGCGCAGCCGCCGGCUCAGCCUCCGCAAGGCCGGCGGGAGCUCGGAGAAGUCGAUGGCGCUGCUGAAGACCGUCAUCAUCGUGCUGAGCUGCUUCAUCGCCUGCUGGGCGCCGCUCUUCGUGCUCCUGCUGCUGGACGCCGCCUGCGAGACGCUGCGCUGCUCCAUCCUCUACCGGGCCGAGUGGUUCCUGGCGCUCGCCGUCCUGAACUCCGCCAUGAACCCGCUCAUCUACACGCUGACCAGCAACGAGAUGCGCCGCGCCUUCCUGAAGACGCUGCUGUGCUGCACCGCCUGCCUGCGGCCUGAGGGGGGCGGGCCCGCCGGGGGGGCGGAGUUCAGCCGCAGCCGCUCGGAUAACUCCUCCCACCCCAACAAGGAGGAGGCGGAGUAUUCGCCCAAGGUCACGACCUCGGGGCGCGUCACCUCGUCCUCCUAAAGACGACCUGAACCCUCAGCGGAGAACUCACACCGCUGCUGGGGGUCCAGGUGGUCCCGGUUCAUGUGAAGAGCCCCGUAGAACCAGAACCAGACUGGCCCUCUAAGAACCAGUAGAACCUUUAGUAUUUAAAUUCAUCGUUCAACACGCGUUCAGGUGCCUCCCGGUCACGUGACCUCUGUCCUCCCGGUUCAGACUUCAGUGAUACAUAUUUCAUAUUAAACCUGCAUUAAUUAUAAUAAUAAGUUGUUUUCAAGAUUCAUAUUAUGCUCCGUCAAUGUAAAUAUAGGUGAGGAAGAGGAGGAAGAGGAGGAGGAGGAGGGGGGAGAUUAUCUGUAGGG